AAAUAUAGGACAAAUGAAAAGUGAGUGAAGUGUGUCAAAAAUGGACGAAGGGGUUGGAGAGUAUCCAGUACACAAAGCUGUUUUUGAUAAUGAUUUACCAAAUUUAUCAAAAUAUUUACGCAAAUACGAUGUGGCAGCAAAAGACAAACAUGGAAACACCGCCCUGCAUCUGGCUGUUAUGCUGGGACGGAAAGAAUGCGUUCAGCUCCUUUUAAAUCACGAUGCGCCCGUGAAAGUGAAAAAUGCCCUAGGCUGGACCGUGCUGGCCGAAGCAGUAAGUUAUGGACAUCGGCCUACAAUAAUGUCCCUAGUGCGAAAAUUUCGGCAACAAUCCAAGGAGCAAAUGGAGCAGAGACGACCCAACUUAGUGGCAGCUUUAAACAAAAUCGACAACUUCUACAUGGAAUUGAAGUGGGACUUUCAAAGCUGGGUUCCCCUGGUCUCGCGAAUUUUGCCAUCAGAUGUUUGCAAGAUUUACAAAUGCGGAGCCAACAUUCGAUUAGACACCACUCUGGUCGAUUUCUCCGACAUGAGGUGGGAAAGGGGCGAUAUUUCGUUUAUCUUUCGAGGCGAAUCCCCUCCAACUGAAAGCCUCAUUGUGGUGGACAAUGUGGGCCAACUAUAUCAAAGAGUCAGUUACGAGGAAAACGAAUUAGAGAUCGAAGACGAAGUGAAUCUCCUCAUGUCCACCGAUAUUCUGGCUGCCCAGAUUUCCACAAAACGCAUUUCGUUUGCUCGCGCUCAAAGCGGAUGGAUUUUUCGCGAAGACAAGAAGGAAUUGGUAGCAGGGCAAUACGAAGCCGAUCUCUACACAGUGCAUGGUCUGACUUUGGAGAGCAGAAAGCGGCGCGAACAUUUAUCAGCUGAUGAUUUGGAAAAGAAUAAAGCCAUGUUGAGCCAUUUUACGAAGGGCACUUACAAUAACGGCUACAGCGAAAACGUUAGGAGGUCGAGUCUAACGCCCCCGCCGGAUAAAAACGUUUCGUGGGACGAAUACGUUAAUGCUGAAGUUAACAACUAUCCUAGAUUGGGCAGGGAUAUCGUCUACAAGGAAUCAUCUAAGCACUUUAAAGCAACUGUCGCAAUGAGCAACGAUUUCCCCUUAUCGGUUGAAAUGCUGUUAAAUGUGCUAGAAGUGAUUGCACCAUUCAAGCAUUUUUCCAAACUGCGCGACUUUAUCAACGGAAAGCUACCCACAGGAUUUCCGGUAAAGAUCGAGCUGCCAAUUCUGCCUACUGUUACGGCCAAAAUCACAUUCCAAGACUUUGAAUUCAGAGAUGAUCUAACCUCAUCGAUAUUUGGUAUACCGGAUCUAUAUGUAGAAGAUCCAUCCAGAUUCCCCGACUUAUGACGUCCUGAACUGACCAGUUGCUUCAAGCUCCAUUUCGAGCCCAAACCUCAAUUCCUGUCGCUGAGCGAGCGCAGUCGGACUCAGAUAAAAGGGUCGCGAGCUCGCUAUAGGAUAAAAGGUGCUCCUAUCAAUCUGAAACAGGAUGACGGCCCGGUCAUAUUCCUCGAGGUGCCGAUGCUUUUCACUCUGGGCAGCGUUUAUGGGGCCAGCUGUCUGGUCUAUGUAGAAUAGUUCGCUUCUUAUGUGUUCGUCUCACCGGUAAGUAGUUCAGAGAAGCAUUUGGAAUGCCUUCAAGUGUUCGUGCUGUAUAUUUAGCCCUGGUUUAAUUUUCAGUGCCUAAACUGUUCUUUUGUGGUCUGUCCAUUCCAGAUGGCUUCUCAAGUGCUUUAUAUUACUUAUAAACAAUAAAUCGUAUUGCUAUUUUAUUACUUUUGCUGCGAAAGUGGCCUGUAAUACUAUUUAUUUUAGUUAAUUUUUUUGUAUAUUGUUUUAUCUGCGAUGGGAAGAGUGAUCUAAUAAAGAAACCCAUGACUUCCAUCGCAAUUAAAACAUGUUUAUCUGUUUGGAGUUUUCUGGAAAAAGCAUGCCGAUGUAGCCCAUUAUGUAUAUUAUUAAUGCCUUCAACCUUCAAGCCUUUAUACUUUCACUAGCCUAGACAUACGAUACUUUCGACAAUCAAAAACCUGCCCAUAUUGAUUUAAACAGUUCCAAAAGCUGAAGGCACUGGAUAUACAUAAUUUCGAUUAUAUUGGUGGUUUACUUAACUCGAUUACUUCGAUAGACCAAGCUGAAAUCGCUAUAGAUGUCAUAGCAAAUGGUACUUAGAUAUUACAGGGUCUUUUCAAGUGAACUUUAUAUGUUGUUUGGUGGUAUUGUAGCCGAUUCAAGUGAUUUGUGUGUGUAGUGUUGCUGUAGUGGGGUUUUCAGCUUGUUUUCGAACAGUUUAUAAAAUAAUCAUCAGCUUUGGAAACGGGUUUAUUCAAGCAAAGUCCCACUUACACUCCGAGGCGAUGAAAACCUCCUUCCUUUUCAUUGCUUUCCUUCAACCAAGCAACCUGCUAAUCAAUAAGGAAAUUAUACAGUAAUUUAUCAUGGAAUUAAGGAGACAAUGUUGCUUUAAACAUAUCAGCAUCGAAGUCCAAAUUAGUGUUUUCAUAAGGAAAGUAGCCAGCUUUUUUAUUUCUCCCAGUGCAAACGUGGAUGGCAACCAUCGAAAUCUGAUUGUUUGUUGAUUGGAUUGCGAGAUUUGUUUUGCAGUAUUAGAUGUUACGAAUUGACUGUUUAAUUGCUAUCUAAGGGAGUUGGUGUGAUUUUCUAGACUGUGCCAUUAAUUAUUACACUAAACAACCUGUUUACAACUACAAGAGUUGUUUUGUUUGGUAACCUCCGUCCUGUUCCUGCAAGAUUUAUGCAUUUUAUUUAGUACAUCAACUAGCAAUGGAUGCGAAGUAAAGCAGGCAUCUAGUUUGGAAGAUUUCAUUAACUCUGUUACUGUUUGACGGCUGUAGAAUGUAUACUAUUAAAGUGUUAACUGUAGGUACGUUGUACUGACUAUAAUAUUGUAAAUAGAGCUUCUAUAUUAAA